AUGGAUCAUUUCAACAUUACCAUUCAGGAUGGUGCCAUGAUCUCGACGCGGAGAGGUUUCAAGGUAUCGAAACAGAAACACAACGGCACUGCUUUCAUCAACUCUUCCGCCAGCAAUAUUGCACCAACUGGAACGGAAUCGACCAGUGGCUCUCUCUUACCCACAGCUGGGGAGCUUACUUUCGUCAACAAUGGAGGCGAUGGCAGAAAGUCAAGGCGGAAAACCCGGACUACGACUCAAGAUGGACGCAAGACAGGCUCAAGGUCGUCAGCGCGGGGAAAUGCACAUAGUCGAAUCUCUCCCGGCACGAGAUUGUCUUCGAGCUCUCCCAGAACAACGGUCUCUGACACUUUCAAUUCUGAACAAUCGUCCAGCGCCUGCAGCGCAGACAGCCUGAAACCCUCAGAGCCGACCCCAUUGCCACCAUGGGCAGCUUAUAGCCACCAUUCCCAAGUUAGAAUUGACCCAGCUAAGCGUCUCCGAUUCAUGGCACUGGCUUUCGGCCACAAUAAACCAAGCCAUGCCGAGGACCUAUGCCCACCCGGGGAAACCAAGCCUGCAGGGAUAAUAGAGAAGUCCACUUGGCAGGUCCACGACCCUACGACGAUACACUGUGCACUUACCAUGGGCGCACUAUUCGAUGCUGUCAAAGAGGGGAGACACGAGACGCCGCAACUAACCUCCCUUGCUUCGCAGCUGUACUCGAUCGUCAAUCGUCGAGUCAGCGAGAACGACCGCACCGAUAAAGCCCGUGAUGUGACCAUACGAGCCGUGGCUUCUUUGGCCAUCAUAUCUGGCUAUCAGGGCAAGUCUGAGCACUGGAAUGUACAUAUGCAAGGACUCUUGAACCUUGUGGACAUUGCUGGGGGGCAGGAGAGACUAUUUCCUGGCACCCUCGACGUGAUAAGAUGUUUCCCUCUCUUCAGCGCAGAUAUUAUUGGCGCACUCUCCGCUGCAACAGAACCACGCACGGCCUUUGUCGGAACCCCAUGCAAGGCACGAUAUAUAUCAAAGUUGGACGCUUCCGGGAAUACCGUGCGAACCGUUUAUCGCAGUUUUGAGGCUUUCAAGUUUGAGACGGAAAUGGUAGAGACUUUGGCCGCUACAGCAAAGUUUUGUGAAGAACAUGCUGCAAAACAAGAUCAGGAUCCAUCGCCUUUUCAGCAUUACGGCCCCGAAAUGUUCGAGGACUUUCAUUUUUUGUCACGUAGGCUUCUGACAAUUCCUAAACGGCUACAAGAAUACGACGAGGUUAUAUCCCCUCCCGCGUCCGCUGAUAUAUCUGUACAUGCGCGGCCAUUUCCAAUAUCCGAGUCGGCGCACAUCUGGCCCCCCGAUACGACCACUAAGGCUGUCGAGACAGCCUUACGAAUACUGGUCCUCAUGUACCUCAAAGAACUCAUGCUAGACGUCCCCUGCAACGACCGCAUUCUGCUCGGCCUGCUGGCAAAACAUCUCUUGUUCAUCCUAUCUGCUCAGCGUCUGAACCCUUUCGGCACGGAUCAAAUACCCGUACUCGUAUGGAUAUGUCUUGCUGGUCAACUCUUCGGUAUGAUGAAGAAGACCGUGUGGCUACGAGAGGCAAUAGGUGGUCAUGGUAUCUGCGAUCAAUUACUCAGAGAGGUCCUUCAAUUUGACGAGACAUUGACCUUAGGAAGUGUAUCGGAAGAGCAGCUUGCUUUUUCCAAAUGCUUGGACCUGCGGAGAAUACAGGGCACGUGGCAUGAGAAUGAAGCCAUCAGAGGCAUGUUAGGGCUGAAUACAGAUCAAUAA